AGUAGAUAUCAAGAGAUGUUUAUUAUCAUUGAAUUCGUCGAGUGGUUUCCUACAUUUUUGCUGCUGUUUCCAGUACCCUUCCCUCUCCCCUUUCCAUCGGUAUUCAGACAAUCGAGAAAAGGUAAAUUGAGUGUUAUGGUGACGGCUAAUCGUCCAGCACUUAGCGUGAGUUUCUUGGUGGUUCAUCAUUUUAAAAUCUUCGUCUCAAAAUUUUGCACAAUGCCAGUCCCAGCACAAAAAUUAUCACCAAAAGUUAAGUUUAAUAACGGUAAUGAAGCUCCUAUUCUCGGUCUUGGGACGUAUUCACCACAGCCAGAGUUAACACCAGAGGCUGUGAAAUAUGCCAUUGACAUCGGCUAUCGACACCUCGACUGUGCUCCUAUAUACGGUAAUGAGAAGGAAGUUGGCUCUGGGAUAAAAGCAAAAAUUGAGGACGGAACUGUCCAGCGAGAGGAUCUCUUCAUCGUCAGCAAACUCUGGUCCAACUCUCACAAAGUCACCAGUGUGGAGAAGGCCCUCAAGAAGAGUCUGGUUUCCCUAGGCUUGGACUACUUGGACCUGUACCUCAUACACUGGCCAUUUGCUGUCGAGGACGGUGACGAUUUCGUCCCCCAGAACCCCGAUGGAACUCCGAAGUUAUCUGAUAUUGAUUACCUGGAGACCUGGAAGGGAAUGGAGGGGGUUCUCCAGAAGGGACUGACGAAAAACAUUGGUGUCAGUAAUUUUAAUUCAGAGCAGAUUGAGAGAUUGCUGGAGAAUUGCCAGAUCAAACCUGUGGUCAACCAGGUCGAAGUCCAUCCGUAUUUGAGCCAAAAGGAACUUUCGAAAUUCUGUAAUGAUCGUGGGAUUAUGAUAACUGCAUACAGUCCUCUGGGUGCUCCCAAUCGAUUCUGGGCCAAGCCCGAUGAUGCCAAGAUUCUGGAAGAUGAUAAACUUGUGGAAAUGGGCAAGAAGUACAACAAAACAUCUGCCCAAAUCGCAAUUCGUUAUCAGCUCGAUCGAGGACACCUGGCUAUUCCCAAAUCAGUCACCAAGGCUCGUAUUCUGGAGAACUCACAAGUUUUCGAUUUCACGUUGAGUUCUAAGGACAUAGAGUAUAUUAAUUCUCUGGGUUCCGACGAACGCCUUUGUGAAAUGGCUGACUACUCAGGCAGCCCUCAUUGGCCAUUCAAAAUCCCCUACUAAUGAAUUACCUGGAAAACCGAUACGGCGAAGACUCUGGGUUGUUUUUGGCUUCGAUAAAUUUUAUUGGAAAUAAACAAAAUUAUACAAAUGA